AUGGCGGCAUCAAAGGCGAGCACCGGCCGGCUCUACUUUUCCAUCGCGUAUGAUUUGGCGCUUCUGCGCGAAGUAAACGCGCACAACCCAUUUCAAGAUCCCUCGCGGUCGGAAGGCAUCGUGAAGAACAUGAACUUUGCUCUGGGAAAAGUGUUUAGUGUGCGCGCCUUGCGCGAAAGGCUGGGCCUUCUGUUGGCACAGUUCGUCGCAAACGACCACGCCAGCCUCAGAAAGUCGGGUACCGAAGAGGAGUACGAGGAAAAAGAAAGGCUGCUACAAGAGAUAUGCAGCCUCGCAAAAGACUUCGGCUACAAGAUCAAAACCCCCAAAGCGCAGUCCUCUGCGGGUCAGAUGGUCAGUGCGGCUGUGACCCGCGACACUGCCGCUGCUACGUUGGUGCCAGCGUCACAAGUCGCCUUCGAGCCACUGAGUGCAGAUGAAAGUUGUGACGACGCAUCUCAAAGUGCUGCAGACCUACUGGAGAAAAUUGUACAGGGCACCGACAUAGCCGCAACACCUGGCCCCUCGGACGAAACCACGAUCACUGCUAAUAACCAGCGGCAAGAGGCAUCAACGAAUGCGGACGACAGGCCCGAUACUGAAGGAGCUGCCCAACUUGUGCCUAGAAGACGCAGGGCUCAAGCAGCGACGGCUAGUGCGGACUACCAUCGAGAAGAGGUGGACACACGAGAGGGCCCUGAAAGAGAAGGAGCACGCGCUUGA